UCUCAUCAUCUAUCCACACCUGGUUUUCCUCAGCUCUCUCUCUCUCUCUCUCUCUCUACUGCAUUUGUACAGAGGCCAAUUAUUCUAUUUUCUGUAUACAUUUCUCCUCCUCUCCCCCCAUCCAUGGCUAUCUUCCUGUUCCUCCUGAUUCUUUUAGUCCCUGCAACCAAUGCUGACUGGCCACCAUCACCUGGCUACUGGCCAAGCUCUAAGUUCAGGUCUAUGAGCUUUUAUAAAGGAUUCAAAACUCUCUGGGGUCCUCAGCAUCAAAGCUUAGACCAAAAUGCAUUAACAGUCUGGCUUGAUAGCACCACAGGAAGUGGGUUCAAAUCAGUUCGUCCAUUUAGAUCCGGUUACUUUGGUGCCUCCAUUAAGCUUCAAACUGGUUACACAGCAGGAGUCAUAACAGCUUUCUAUCUUUCAAACAGUGAAGCUCAUCCAGGAUACCAUGAUGAAGUGGACAUUGAGUUUCUUGGGACAACAUUUGGGAAGCCUUAUACUUUGCAGACCAAUGUUUACAUCAGAGGAAGUGGGGAUGGAAGAAUUAUUGGCAGGGAGAUGAAGUUUCACUUGUGGUUUGAUCCCACUAAGAAUUUCCAUCACUAUGCUAUAUUAUGGAGUCCCAAGGACAUAAUAUUUUUGGUUGAUGAUGUGCCCAUAAGGAGGUAUGCUAGGAAAAGUGUUGCAACAUUUCCCUUAAGGCCAAUGUGGGUUUAUGGUUCAAUUUGGGAUGCCUCAUCUUGGGCAACUGAAGAUGGAAAAUACAAGGCAGAUUACAGAUAUCAACCAUUUGUUGCCAAGUAUACCAAUUUCAAAGCCAGCGGUUGCUCCGCCUAUUCCCCGGCUUGGUGCCGCCCAGUGUCCGCCUCUCCCUUUCGGUCUGGCAGGCUGACCCGACAGCAGUACAGGACCAUGAGAUGGGUUCAAACCAACCAUUUGGUAUAUGACUAUUGCAGGGACCCCAAGAGGGACCAUUCCAAAACACCUGAGUGUUGGGGCUAAAACUGAUUAUUGUCAUAUGCUUCACAGAUGGAAGUUCCCUCAUAUUUUUCACUUCACUUAAGUGCAUCCUCUUUUUUAAUUUUAUGGUUUUUUAUUUAAAAAGAAAGAAAAUUGUGUGUGAAACUGCCUUGAGAUGGGUCAUUACUUGCCAAAAACAUUUGGCAAGGAAAUCUGAUCAUCCAAGGCUUCAAAAAGAAAGUUUGUGUGCCCCUUUUUAUUAUGGAUCAUUUGGUCUACGUUUUAUGUUUUCCAUUUUUUUUUUUCUAGCGGUGGCAAUUACAAAAAAUAAAAUAAAAAUGAAAAUGGAGGACAUGGGUUUUGAGCAA